AUGAGCACAGACGCUGAGGAGGCGCCCAAGCUGGACACGGCCCGGCACAUCAAAUACUGGCAGCGAUGCCACAAGACGUUCCUCCCCACGCCCUACACCUCCAACGACUCCACCAGGCUCACCUUUGCCUUCUUCAUCAUCUCAGCCCUCGACCUCCUGUCCGUCCCCUUCACAGCUCAGGAACGAGCCGCCGUCCGAAACUGGGUCCUGAGCCUCCAGCACCCCGAAGGCGGCUUCUGUGGGAGCCCAACCCACUCCAUUUCCGGUGACAAGGCAUCCAAGGGGUCGGCCAACAUCGCUGCGACGUUUUUCGCCUUGAUAUUGCUCGGCCUGGCAGCGGACACGGAGGAGGAGCAGCGCUCGGCUUUCGCGGGGGUCAAUCGCAAGGGGCUGCUGCGCUGGCUGACGAAGCUGCAGAGGAGUGACGGGAGCUUUGGACAGGUGUUGUGGGAUGGGGAGCCGACGGGGGGGCGGGACAUGCGGCAUAGCUAUCUGGCGAGCUCGAUUCGGUGGAUGCUGCGGGGGGACGUGAAGGACGGGGAUGAGGAUUGGGUGGAGGAUAUUGAUACGGAGGGGAUGAUUGAGUAUAUCAGGGGUGUCCAGACGUAUGAUGGCGGUAUUGCGGAAUCCUCAACAGAAGAAUCUCACUCUCUGGCGAUGCUUGAUCGGCACUUUGAGGCAUCUACGACUGGGGAGACAAAGCGCGCGCUGGACCGCGGCGUUGCAGACCGUGAGAGACUGCUCAGAUUCCUCGCACACAGGCAGUUCAGGUAUCUGUCGAAGAGAGAAGAGGCCCAGGACAACACCGUCAACUACCUCGAGGCCCAGCUGGGAGACCUGAGUCUUGAUGUGGGGGUUCCCUACACUGGCUUCAACGGCAGGUGGAACAAGAAGGCCGAUACAUGCUACACUUGGUGGGCAUGUGGCACUUUAAAGCUGCUCGACUGCGAUGGUUUCUACGACCCUCAGCCGUGCUGCAACUACCUGCUGGGCAUUACCCAGCACGGCAUCGGCGGCUUCGGCAAGUCCGUCGGCGAUCCUCCGGACAUUUACCAUUCGUACCUCGGCUUGACCACGGUGGCUCUGCUGGGCGGAGCUGAGCUCAAGGAGGUUGACGCUGGACUGUGCUGCAGCAAGGAAGGGGUUCGGAAGAUUGAGGCAGCGAGGGAUGGGCUGCUGCAGUCUUUGAAGAGGCAGAGGGAACAGCGUGGUGGGUGGGGGGCGGAUGAGUUUUGGGGGAAGGCUGCGGAGAUGGUCAAGGUCAAGUAG